AUGACAGGAACUGAAACAAAACGUAUAUUGCUUGAAAUAGAAAAAUUGCAAGGCUUAGCAGCAGAUAAUAAUGCAUCAUCUGUUCAAUUUCUUCUUGAUAAAACACCUUUGGAUAAUCCAGGAUCAAAUGUAUUUCUUGGAAGAAUUUUGCCCAAAACACAAAUUUAUAAUCAAGCUGCAUUUCAAAUAGAAAUAAACUUACCAGCUGAAUAUCCAUUUAAACCACCUGAAGUUCAUGUUAUUACACCUAUUUAUCAUCCAAAUGUUGGCGAUCGUGGUUAUAUGCCUAUUGUACUAGUCAGCUCGGCAGAAAGUUUCAAACCAACAACAUCAUUAGUUAUUUUUGUUAAAGCUGUUGUUGAUCGUAUUGAUAAUCCCGAUAUGGAUCAUGCACUUAACCUAGAAAUUGCUGCUGAAUAUGUUUUAUCUUUGUAA